AAAGUACAACAUUUAUCGAUCAUUGAAGUCGUUGCUGACACGAUAACACAUUCGCCCUUGAAUAAACACAGCUGUUGCUUUCCGUGUUAUUUCGAUUUCGUUGACACGGUGAUAAUCACUAAUCGUUUUUGAAUUGAGAGAUGCUUGACCAAGAUCAUAAUCAUAUGAAGGGUAUUCUUGAUCAAUACGAAGUUGUUGAAUGCUUAGGAAAAGGAUGUCAAGGAACAUCAUAUAAGUUGAGACGUCGAGAUAAUUCAGAAUAUUUUGUAUUAAAGAUGAUAGAAUGUAGAAGCUUAGAUCAUGGAUAUUUAUUGUUUGAAGAGUUUAUUCAUAUUCAAAAGUUCAUACAUCCAUACGUACCAAGAAUUUUAGAAAUUCAUAUGUCAAUGAACCCAAAAAAUUCAGCAAUUUAUGUUUCUGUUAUUCGGAGCUAUAUCGAUCUGCCAAGCUUAGACUUGAUAAUUAAAGACAACAUAGAAAAAUCUAGGUUGGAGUGGAGUUUAAUAUACCGAAUGUUCGGGAGUGUACUGACUGUCAUAACUUCUCUGAAAAAAGCGAAUUGUGGUUCUAUCUAUUUUCAUCCUGGUAAUAUUUUUCUUAGUGACAAAGGAUUUUUCAUGGCGGAUAUUUGGGGUCCAAAUCUAAUGAAUUAUGCUCGUGGAGUAGAUACUUACGUGCAAUCAUUUGAAUACAUAAUGAAUCCUGAUCUUCUAGGCGAUUUAGCCAUUGAAUGUCAUGCUGAUGAACUCCCACGAAGACGUUUACCAAGAUACAUUGAAUGGUGUGCUCCUGAAACAAGUCGGUUUGAAUUUACUGAUAAAUCUGAUGUAUGGACUUUGGGGUGUGUAAUCACCAUUCUAAUAUACAUUAAAUGUUUAUUCAAAAAUAAAGAAAUCUUAGCAGUUGAUCAACUCAAAGCAAAAGAAAAUGUAUUUCACCAUCUAUCAUCUGCAGAAGAAUUGGAAACACACAAAGAACUGUUUAAGUUACUUUCUCAAAUGAUGAAAAACAAUCCGUCUGAGCGUAUAAGCUUAAAUGAUCUUUUAGACGAUUUAUAUGUUCAAGUACUUAUGAAACAUACGAAUCCAGAAUUUAUCAUGAGAGUUAAACGAUGCAUUGUAACAGCAGCUGAAAAACCGUUUCCAGUGAAUGAUACUAUGGAAGCGAAAAUCAAAUAUCUUCAUGACAAUUGGCAACAUGAAAAUUGCAUUGAGAAGGCUGUUGUUUGGUUCGCAGAAAAUAUUCUGAAUGAUAAGCAUAUUAACUUAACACAUAGAUUAUCACUUCAUUUAUUUGAUUUAAUGUAUUUACAUCAAGCUAAUCUGUCAAUUAUUACGUCAUCUUUAAGGAUAUUAGCUUAUUCUAUUGAAUGUGAACAAUUGCAAUCUAUGUCAACAUGUUCAAGAUAUCCUUAUGAAGAUGUUAGUAACCAUUCAUCAUCAUUAUUAUUAUCAUCGUCGUCGUCAUAUAGACUAUUCAAAGAAAGUAAUUACUUUAAAAAUAUCUGUAAAAUAAACAAUUUAUAUCUUGUACUAGUUAUAAUGAAAAAACAUCUUCAAUAUGUCAAUGUACAGAGAUUAGGAUUAGAAUUUUUCAAAUCGCUUAUCAAUAUCAAUUAUUCUACAUCUAUUAAUCUAGAUGUAAUAAAGGAUUACUUACAGACAUAUAAUAAAAUAUUUAAAAAGAUUCAUACCAUUAAUUUAUGUCAUCAUUUGAUAGAAUUAUUGAAUUACACAACUAAUAAAGAUAUGAUUAAAAUAGGUAUCAGUUAUUUGUGGAAAUUUUGUAUCUAUGAACCGAUUGCUCUACAAGCAGCCGAUAAAAACACAUUAUCUAUCACCAUGCAACUAAUGGAGUCCAAUCAAUUUGACUGUGAAAUUUUUACAAAUGGUUCUAUGGUUAUUGUAUCUUUAUUACGUAUUAAUAUAGUUAAAAGGCAGAUUACAAACUGCAAUAAGUUAAUUUAUCUUCUAUUGCACGGUUUAAUUCAAUUUAAAAACUUACCAAUAACUAUUUGGAAUAUAUGUCUAUGCUUACAAGUUGUAAUAUCAUUAUCCGAAUAUUUCGCUUUACAAUUUACUGAUGAAGUGGAAGAAGACGAACUGAAGAAAGAGAAGAAAAAUGGCUUUGAUAUAUUAUAUCUAAUUUAUAAUAUACAUCCUGAUAACACAAAGGUUAUUGAAGCAUUACUAAAACCAAUCACAUCACUAAUGAAAUAUGAGUCUUAUAGAUAAUGCAAAGAAUCUACUAAAGAGAAUAGAAAAUUUAAAUGCAUGAAAACAAAACUUUAAUUCUUUCUAUUACAGUAAUAUUAAUAAAAUUAUUAUUAAUCAUGCGCAUAAAUCUAUUUGUGUAGUAAUGAAAACAUACUUUUUUUAAUAUUGUCAGGCCUUUUUAAUUACAAAGUUUAUUUCACUGUCCUCCAAUAAAAGAAACACAAUAUAUUCGGUUAUGUUACAAAUGAUUGCCAUCCAUGAAGUUUAUUAGAAUCUCAUAUAGAGACUAAUUACUACAAUCGUGAGUCUAGAUGAACAAAUGAGGGAAACUAUGUACCGUAAUAACUUCUAGUCUGAAGAAUUAUUCUUUUUCAAUAGUUUUUCUUUAUUGUAUUGAAAAUCAAAAAGAAUCUUUGGAAUUGAACAACUUCUUCAUUGACUUGUAGUACAAUUAUCAUCAAAGUAUGUUUUAUGAUAAAUCAAUAAUUCAUAACUAAGUAAUAAAAAUAAAUGGAUUUCAUUUUUUUCUAAAUGCAAUGAAAAAACAUUGUACAAGGAACACAGAAAUUCAAUAUUAAAGUUAACAAAUAAGCUUAAAACAUUGAACACUGAACUUUACUUCAUAACAGGUGAACAUCAAUAGUUGACUAUGAUUAAAUCAUUGUUGGUUGAACAAUUUUAUCAUGCUACAUUCUAGUUUCCUUAACUUUCUACGAGUGCUUAACAUUUUAAAGUUUUAAAACUUCCAACAUGAAUUUAUUCAACAUUCGAAAUCAAUAAACCUUGAAUAGAACUAAACUCUUUGAAUAUUUCACUAUAGUACUUUCUUAUACUGUUGGAUAUGAUGAAUUUACUUUAAAUUUAUUCACUGAGGUUUGACAAAUACAUUCUUCUUCUUAAAUGUCUUACAUCAUCAACUAGGCGCCCCAAUAUUAUGAAACUAUUCGAUCGAAUUUAAACGAAAGUUUUUUAUAUACUGUUAACUUUCAUUUAACAUGGAAAAAAAGUAUUUCCUUAUUUUAGAAGAAAAAAUUAGUCAAAAGGAUGAAAUGAAAGACCGUUUUAAACAUUUGUGAAUGAUGAACCUUAUUUGCGUUUAUUAUUAAAAAACUAUCUAUUCUAUAUCUGUAUAAUUUUAAUACAAUUUGAUUGAUGACUUCUAUUGAAAUAUAUUUAGACUAGGCAUUCAAGACAAUACCAGUUAUUCUAUAAUUAUGAACUGAUAGUUGUAAUCAGUGUCAUUUUCAAAAAUGGAAUUCUAUUUUGUACUAAGAAAAAAAAAUCACCAAUUGCUGAUCUGUAAAAUAUUUAUGACAGGAUAAGAAAUCAAUAAUUUUCCUGUCUACAAUUUUAUAUAGCUUGAUAGAACUAGAUUAUAUUAGAACUGUAUUAUAUGUAUUAUUGUGCAUGUACAUUAUUAAAAUAACAUGUAAGGGAAAAAUUUAAAUGGAUAUUAAUAUAAAACUUGCGAAUCA